GUCUAUGGUGGUCGUUAAAAAAAUAAAAACAUUUUAUUUUUUACGUCAGAAUUCAGAAAUUUGAACCAUGUUGUGAAUUCAUUACCUAGUCUUUAUUUACCUAUUUCUUAUAUUUUACUUAUGUAAAGUUCAUAAAAUAAGUAGAUGAAGAAUUUUACUUAUUACGUAUGUUUAUAGUUACUAAUCACUUAAAUACAAUUUAUGCAGUUUUAGCAUAGCUGUCUACCAAUAAAUAUAUUCAAAAUGUAUGGAAUCUCCUCGUUUUUCUCUAAAGCUCUUGCAUCAGGACAGCAAUUAAUAACACAACAAACGAGGAACACAUUUAUUUUAAAAAGAAAAUUCCCUCCUCCAUUGCAUAAAAAAGGUGCUAAAGUGGCUAAAAUGAAGGCUAAACACUUUAUUUAUGACUUAGUGGAAGAUACAAAUGUUAAAAAGAAACCAGAGGUGAAGGUGAUCCUAAAACAAUUUGUCGAUGGUAUCGGGAAUAAAGGUGAUGUACUCACUCUAAGAUCAAUGAUAGCUUAUCGUGAUUACCUUGUGCCUGGACUGGCAGUAUAUGCAAGUCCAGAAAAUUUGCUGAAAUACAAUACAAUUGAAAAUAAACAAACAAAGGAGGAAAAUUUCAGUUCCCCACAUGUACAAAGGACAAUGAGUUGUCUGUCUCGUCUCGUCUUGAAUAUCACCAUGAGUAAGCUACAACCAUGGACUCUGGAACCAUGGCAUAUCAAAGCUUCAUUCCGUAAAACAGGAUUUGUAGUUCCUGAAUAUGCUAUAGAAAUGCCCCCUGUGACUAUAAAAGGUCCGGAUUUGAAGCUGCAAGACAAAGAAUUCUAUGUUACAGUUACAAUAAACAAAACUGAAAAAGUGAAAGUUAGAUGUAGAAUUCAUCAUUGGGCAACAGGUCUGGACCGGCUCCCGUGGGUAGAGUUUCAUUGGAAAAAACCAUUGGAGGCGCUUAUACCGGAACAAGCAGCAGAUUUAGAAAAAAUGCCAUUGCCUCAGUGAGGUCUAUUUUAGUUAUGGCUCUUAUUUGUAAUUUGUAUAAAAAAUGUAGAUUUUAAAUUAUUGUUUUAAUACAUUAAAAAAAACACAAAGUUUAUUAUUUUAUCGAAAUCAA